CGUAUAUAAGUUGGUGCGGGAUGUUGACGGGCACAGUUCUAAGAUGGCGAAGUUCGCAGUAGCUUGUGUGGUCCUCGGAGUCAUUGCGUGUGUUCAUGCAGCGCCGGGCUAUGGCGGCGGAGGUCAUAGUGGUGGAGGCGGAUUUGGCGGCGGCGGUGGUGGCGGCGGUGGUUUCGGCGGUGGCGGUGGAUUAGGCCACGGAGGAGGCAGUGGAGGCGGAUUCGGGGGUGGUGGUGGAUAUGGCGGCGGAAGUGGUGGUGGACUUGGCGGUGGUCAAGGCGGAAGCAGCGGUGGUGGACUUGGAGGUGGUCACGGCGGCAGCGGAGGACUUGGCAGCGGAGGUGGAGGUGGUGGCGGCCUUGGCGGUGGCAAUGGAGGAGGACAAGGCGGUGGCCACGGCGGAAAUGGUGGCGGAGGACUAGGUGGUGGCCACGGUGGUGGUGGUGGACUUGGAGGUGGCAGCGGCCUUGGCGGUGGCAACGGAGGCGGCGGUGGCAGUCACGGUGGACACGGUGGUGGUGGUGGACUUGGAGGUGGCAGCGGCCUUGGCGGUGGCAACGGAGGCGGCGGUGGCAGUCACGGUGGACACGGUGGUGGUGGACAUGGUGGUCAUGGUGGAGGCAGCCAAGGUGGAGGAUACAACAGUGCCAAUGCCAACGCCCAAGCCAGUGCUAGCGCCAGUAGCGGUGGUUACGGCGGCCACAAAGGUGGAUACGGACGCUAACCCGCUCAAGAAAGUCGAGAAUUAGAUAAAUUCAGAAGAAGAAACCUCAUUGUGAUAUAGAAAUUACACGAUUUCAUAAUAUUGUUAUUAAUAUUAUGUAAUAAAUACUUAAUACAUCGGUUUACCAAA